AUGGAUGAAAAAGAGAAGCUGAUUACGCCUGAGCGCCUCGAAAAGCUUUAUGACGAGGUGAUGAAACACAAAUCCUUUGCUGCACUCAGCCUGCCGGGUCUGUCGGAAGAGCGUAAAGGCGUGUUUGUACCCGGGCUGGCGAUUCUGUGCGGCGUAUUUGAUGCGCUGGCCAUUCGCGAAUUGCGCCUCUCCGACGGUGCGCUGCGUGAAGGUGUGCUCUAUGAGAUGGAGGGCCGUUUCCGCCAUCAGGAUAUUCGUAGCC